CUCGAUAUCUUAGAACACUCUGCACCUCGGCACAAGAUGAUGAACAGCGUCAGGAGGCCUAUAACGACUACGAAAACACCUCAAACUGGUUUUCCAGUGUUGACAAACGUGGAGAUCGUCAACAUCCUCGCGGCAUUGGAUCUCCACGUCCAGAUGGACGAUGUCGCAAAGCCUACGACUCAAUCUGCGCAAAUGAUCUUUACGGCCUUGUUGGAUCAAUUGAUGGGCGCCAAUGUGGACAUGAUUGAGGGUCCCAAGGGGACUUUGAUGUCCAUGAUGGAGUACAAGGAACUGUACAGCGAAGCCCUACAAUUCACCAUGUUCUACCGUCACUGCCGCGAAAUGGCCACUGUUUGUGGUAUACACAACUUUGGAAUCAGUGACCUUACUCGACCGGAUCCCAUGAGAUUCAGACAUCACCUGAGUGGCGUGUUGAACUUUGCAAAGUAUAUGGAGGACAAGGAGCAGAAGUUUGCGGAACCCGCUCAGCGUUUACGAGAUCAAUUUGAGCAGACCGAGAGGAUGAAGGAUCAGCUCAUUCGAGUGGAGAAUACUAUUGAGGAAAUCUCCAUCAGAAACGUCCAAGAUCGACCCUUGACAGAAGAGGCAAAGAAGCGAAAUGAAGCUGUGCGCGCAGAGCUGUUGAACCUUCGCUCGGAGCAAGUUCAACUAUCUCACACUGUUGAAAGCCUCAAGAGCGAGCGACAGCAGGUCAUGGAGCUGGCUGCCAGCAAGAACAAUGAGCAGACCGUCCUAUCUCAAAACACUGCUCUGGCGAGAUCUCGUCUCGUCCAAUCACCGGACAGAAUCAAAAGACAUAUCUCUGAAAUGUCAUCUACAGUGUCGGCUGAGAAAGCAUCUCUAGCUUCAAUUCAGCGGAAAACCCACGACCUCAGCAGUCGAUUGGAGAUCAUUGGAACGCUCGAAUCAGAUCUCAAAGGAUUGAUUGAGAUGGAACGAAAGGUCGAACAGCAGAAAUCCAAAGUGGAAGAGAUGAAACGAAACUUGAUGAAGCUGCGUGGAGGGUGCGAGGGCAAGCAAAUUGAGGCGGAUGGACUCAAAGCGAGACUUGAUCAACUCGAUCGACAAUGGACAAACGCAAAGGACAAGUUUUCACGUCAACAAGUCGCCCUGAGCGAGAUGAGAGAAAGGUCAAAGACCCGUAUGGAAGGUCUCGGAACCACCUACGAGCAACAGAAAAAGGAACGUGCCGUAUGGGAAAAGACUAUUCAACGACUCAAAGCCGACCAGAAAGCUUUGGACCUCGAAAUGCAGGCUUUCACACAGACUCACGAGACGGAGAUCAAUGAUCUCUUGGCGCAUUACUGGGAAAUGAGGCGGCAAGCUGAGGCGUACAUGAAGACUGUGAAUGGUAAUUUAAAUCUUGAAGUUGCGGGAUUAUGAUGAGGAUCUAGACCAACAUGAUGAUCUCCGUAUGGUGCGUUCUCUUACUUGUACAUUUCAUGUUGGAUGUAUUGCUCGCUC